UAUUCCGCGCGAGUAUACCAAGAUGUGAGCGGCCUGAAACAAUGGUUACCGCAGGCGCAAUAUAUCAACAGAUUCUUCAUAACGGAGAUGAGUGAAACGGAGACGAAGGAUUCAGGCCAAAUGUCGCCAGUUGAGGCCAAGGACCAAAAUGGGGUGAAAAUCAAGGAAACAGGCGGAACGGGGUUAGAUGAGAUCCGUGUCGAGGUUGUGCCAGUUUCCCGGAAGUCAUCAUCAACCGGAAGUACGAAACUUGGUCGUGAUGAACAUGACAGUGACCCCCAUCAUCUUCACCACACGCCCUCUCAGCGUGACCGCCAUGGUGAAACCCGGGGCAGCUACAAACGUCCCCAUGGGGAGUCCAUACAUCACCAUCCACAUCACUGCCAGUCGAUGAAGGGGCACAGUCACAGCCAUGGCUCAGGUUCAGGAGAUCACCACCAUGGCCACGGGGACUCCUUUCACAGCAACCAUAAUCGGGAUCGCCCUGGCUCCACGCGGCACACUGGCCACCGCCACUUUGAGUCCAAGAGGCUAGCAAACCAGGGUGAUGUCAUGAGUGAUAAACCUGUACCAGAUGACUACCUAGCCAAUAGACCUCCCCAACAGCUCCAAGACGUAGCCUGUGCGGCCGUGUGUCCACAUUGCAAAUACAAAGUAUGGACGAAAAUUAGUUAUGAGAAUGGAUGCAUGCUUUGGACACUCGUCAUCUUGCUGACCUUGAUCGCAUUUGUUCCUUGUGCCUUAUAUUUACUGUUCUUCGACUCAAUGAAGGACGUUGUUCACACCUGUCCCAAAUGUGAACAGAUCGUCGGCGUCUACAAACGUAGUUUCAAGACACCUGAGCUUCGGACACUUGGUUAGAAAUUGCUACAAGGAUUGCGAACAGGCGCAACGAGGAUGGAAUGUACCAUGUGGAUUAACGGAGGGUGUACCGCGUUGGGUAGGGGCUGACUGCUAUAUCUCAUGUCAUACAAUAUACACUUUUUUCAUGGUGUGAUAUUGAGAAUCAGGCAGACAAUAAUAUGGAAAGAUGGAUAGCAUAAUAGAUACAGUCAUGUACAAGUGAUUGCGAGUUGUUUCACUUGCGGUCGAGAAAACACGACGGAUGAGAACAUCGCAUCAAAUGUUUGUUAACGGGCAUGUUGAUUAUAACAAUACAUGUACAUUUCCCGAUCAAAUGCUUAUGACAGGUGACCAACAUUAUAAACAAAUGCUGAAAGUUAGAGUGUGGUAUUCGACUGAAAUAAAUGCGGAUUGUAUCCGGCAUAUCGAGUGUUGGAAAUUAACCAUAUCUGAUAAAAUUGUUGCUACAUGUAAAUGCAUUUAGCCAAAAGCUUAUUUAUUUAAAAAAUCAUGUUCUGCUUGCGUGGGUACAGUUUGAGAAUAUGAUCAUAUUCUUAUGACGGAUGACCCUUAUCAAGUGCUAUUGGUAGAUGACAUUUUUUUUAUAAAAUGCUAUGCUAACUGCAGGUGACCAUGUUCGAUCUUAUGAAAAAUAAUCCAGGAGAAGCAAUGGCCAUGACAAGAGAUGUUGUCUCGGAGGUAAAUGACCUGUCAUUUAUCCUUCGAUUCUCAUCACCCGUGAAGGAGAUACCUUGAUAUACACGAGAUAAUAAACAAAGUAAAUCUUAUAAAGUGUGGGUGUCCUGGUCCGCGAUGCUCUAUCGAGCAAAUGACAGAGAAGACAACUUCUUGGUAGUGUGCGAACAGUCGCAUUUGUUUGCUAACACGUUCGAUACAGCUAUGAUGUAUGACUCGAUCGAUUACCAAAUUCCGGAAUUCUCAAUAUACGCGAUACUUUUAAACAGGUUCAACGAGGAUUGCAUACAAAUAUGUAGAUAUUUUUACACCCAGUGGCGAGGGGCUGUGACGACUUUGCAUUUUUAUAUCGAGGUUGGUUUAAUUUUGUAUUUCGCGUAUCACUAUAUAAAAAAAUAUAUAGACAGUGUGACCAGUGCUGCUUUAAAAAUAAGUGUGGUCCGUCUUGUUUUGAUAUGUUGGUGAAACAUGAAUAAAGUGUUGUAAGAAUUGUAUCAUAUCAUGAAGUUUAUUGGAAGGUUGGUGUUCGACCAGCACCUCAAACAUAUUCAUUUUAAAGAAUCGCUUUUGACGUAUUUUCUCCUCAAGAGAAAACUUGAGGAAUGUUUGCAGUUCGUCAGAUGCGACAGGUACUCCUGGCACGAGAAGAAUUCGAGUUGGGGUGGAAUAGUAGUGGUGUUCGUGGGUUGGUGAGAUUUUAUACUGAGUUUGUAAAGGAUUCUGAACCUAAAUAGUGGAAAACACCAUUUUGUGGAUUUUCUAGGUGUAUCGAACGAAAUCUCCUAAACGACUUUGUAUAUGGGCACCACAGAUUCGGACUCAUGAGGGAUAUUUUAUCCAGGUGACCUAGAACCAGAUUUCUUAUAUUGUAGUUACAUGUAUGGUAACACAGGCUUAAUGUGAGUUCGCGUUACGGGACAAAAGUGAUUUUUUCAAAUUCCAGUUAAUUCUCGUCUUUAAAUGUUAUAUAAUCGUUGUCAUUUGUUUACUUGUUGAUAAAAGUUAUUUUUACAAACCUCUUGUUUGAGGCUAUAACUCGCCAUAUAUACUGUAAAGUUCGUUGAUUAUUCAUUUGUUAAAAAUUUUAUUAUUUCAAAUUUUAAUGAUGUUUUGGUGUGUACUAUGGUCUUCAUAUCGUAAUGAGGUAAAGAGGUUUAACAAACGACAUCCUUCAAACUUUUCCAUCGAACUGUUCCCGAUGCGUUGAUCAUUUACUAAUCAUUCAUCCUGUUCAUCACAGGCGUAGAUCUAAGUUGGGAAAGCUUGUUUCUGGAAACCAUUAGACUGUAUCAUUCAAGUUAACUUCAGCGCCUUGAAGAGGCUUUUCUUGCACAAACAAACCCACGAUUUCGGCUUCUUGCAGUAACGGUAAUCGAAAUCCAUAUGAAAGGUUUUAAGAAAUAAUGUUAAAUACGAGGGUUUCCGACUCCUUAAUUUAAUGUUGAUAAUUUUUUUCUCAAGUUAACAAUAUUCUUGCUGAUCCUAUGGCAUGCAAGGCGGAAAACAGAUGUAUACGCGCUCGUUGAAAGACAUGCUGCAUACUGAGUCUAUGAAUUGUGUAAUGCGAUAUCUAAAAGUAUUGGUCCGAAGUGCUCAUGUUUAUACUCCAUUAUGGGACUGGAUUUGAGCAUAUUUUCCUACAGGUCAACAUGUAACAAAGAUACGGUAUUAUUCAGCGGUGUGCUAUCGGAAAUGACGCAGGUCCGUUCUCCCCUUCGCUUGCAGGCAUCAGCUGGGCAGGGUUCGGUGUAACCGGGUAUCUUGUAAUACGAUCGGCUUUUGCUUUGCUUUUACUAUUAGAUGUAGAAAGCAUGAACAGCUCUCUUUUCACUUUAACAAGGUCAGAAGCAAAUAUAAAUAGCCGAUUUCAUUGACUUAAGAGGAGUACUGCCGAUUACGACUGAACCAAUGGGAAACAGAGGCUGUGUUUAAUGUCGCUGUUGACGAGUUGAUGACGAGUUGAUCCGAUUCUCGGCCAUAGUGGCCAAGAGGUCCCUCGUUCAAACCCCACAUGUGUAAGAUUCAAGGCAGGUACAAUGGAUGAGACGCUGGUUGUGCUGCUCAUCGGAUUCCUACUGAAAGGUUUCGGAGUAAUGUAAAUCGCGGUUAUACGGACAAGAGUGUAAAUUCGGAUGAUAACCUCUACGGUAGCUACAUGUAAUAUCAGACUUAACUCCAACAUAAAACACUUUUUGUAUUAUACACAUACUUGCACAGGGUUUUAUGCAGAGUCCACAUAGAAAGUCACUCACAAGAAGAGAAGCGACCGACGACCAGCGCCGCCGGAAUUCGGCAUGGGUGCUGAGUUAAUGCCUUAAAAAUGAACUGUGGCCUUUUUAAAAUUGACAAGAGAGUAGGUAUUUCUGCGUGAGAAUGUUUUAAUUCAUUAAGUGUAUCGGCUAUCACCUUAAUCACAACGGCUCACGUACACUUGCAUUACUUGCGAAACACGAAGCAUCACUUGGCAUUAUUAAAAAAGUUUAGCUCAAAAUUAUUGCUGUUUCUUCCACGAAUAACUGCUGUUAUUAAUCGGUACUAUAUUCUUCAUCUUGAUUGUCCGUUCAUUAAAUGGGACACCUCUUGAUAUCUACUGAAGGUUCGGUUUUACUGCUUAGAUUGAUUUAAUUGGUUCACUCUUGUGGGGCGACAGAAGUACUUCACUGCAUUUCAACCUAACGAUGGUUUCUUCGCAUAAUAUUAUUAUGGUAAAUAUGUUUACGCAAAUUGCUAGACACAAAACAUUUGCUUCAAAUUAUCGAAAAAAGCAUUAAUAUAUUUAUGAAUACCAGGAAAUUUUCUCCUCAUAGCUGAUACAUUUGAGAAUGUCAACCGGUCAAAGAAAAGAUAUAAUAGUCGAUGUUUAAAUUCAGUUUAUUAAGAUCGUGUUAUGCAGAGGUUGAAUCUCACUUUUUUCAUUGGUGUUGGUAAUUAAUGUUUAAACUGGUUGCCUUAUCAUUCGUCAGGACCAUUAUUAUACAAAUGGAUCAUAUCAUUAAAGGUAUUUUUAUGACUUUGUAAUCUUUCAUUCCUAUUUUUACAGCCUCAUAUUUGUAUGACUCUCAUCUAAAUUAUCGACUAUAGGUAUAGCUUUUAUACUCAGAUAAUCAUCUAAUGGUGUUAGACGCACACAAAAAACUGCACUGGUGCGUUUGCGGAGUUGAAUUUGACAACAAUGUUGAAGACACAGUUGGAAAAGAUCAGGAGAAUAGUACGUUUUUCACCCAUUUGACUAAUGUAGUUUACAGCUUCUGUUCGUUGUUGUUUGCGAUGUGAGGCCAUCGCUACGUCAAUAACUCUUGGCAAUUGCGCAGUCGGCGGAUUGGAUUGUCAUGUUUGGUUUGUACGAGCAGGACUGCGAGAUCUCGGGCUAACCAUGUAUCGGGACUGUGAGAUAUCGGGCUAGCACCCUAUAAGAGUAAUAUUUCGAUGAAAUCUUUUGAACCUCAGUCAUUUCUUAUCAUCAGAACAAAAGAAUUGAGCAGAAAAGAGUCCUUUUUUGUGGCUAAUUUCGCUACCUACAGUCUAAACUAACAACCCAGCCACACGGAUUUCAAUGUUGUUCGCUAGUAGAGAUUGGGAUCUAAUUUCCCUAGAAUUCUAUACGAAGGGGAAGCCAGCCUAGCUGCAUUGGGUGACGACUGGGCAAGCCAGUCAUGCUAAUGGAUAUUUGCUUUGGACCUUAGAUCUCAUAGUUACUGCGAGGGCACUCACAGCUUCAUCUUAGAAUUAGUGUGGAAGAAAAUUUGUACAAAAUGGCCUUGAAUGAGCCGAUGAGAACUUUCGAGCCGGUAACGGCAGUAGAGGCAUUUACCAAACAUAAAGGUCAAAACCAAAAAUAUCUAACUGCUGACCUGAUACCGUUUAUGCGUCUUAGAAUUGUGUUCGGCUACAUGUACAUUUGCACGCAAGCAUAGUGUAAUGCUGCAUUGUGCAUUCAUUCUCAUCUAUACAUUUAUAAAGUAUAAGGUAUAAAUGCGUGUAAAAUAUUCGUGUGCGGUGUUGUGGUUUCUACAUUUUGGUGUAUUUUCGUCAAUUUUCUUCAAAUAAACUGUAUCGGCUAUUGCAAAGUGCAGAAAUCUAUACAUUUUGCUAUCUGCAGGUUGGUCAUGUUAUGAUGUGACGUAUUGACUAUUACACCAUAAUAAAUCAAUUUUCGCUCAA